UUACACCAGACAAUGACCACUUCAAAUUUCCUAAACCCUCAGUCAACUGGCCUCUAUGUAAACACCCAGGCAAAACACAUCAAGUUCAACAAAAGCGGUGCUGAUAAAGUGGCUGAAAUUAUUUACAAAGCCAUUGUUAAUGAUGGUUUUGGGAACAAUAUGUGGCAAACAAGUGACUUAAACCCAAGGGAUCAGAGUGAACAGGAAAUGAUCAACUGGAUAUUUUUCGUAGACACAGCCAACUUUUCAUUUUGGCCAGAUGAAGGUGACGUGAAGUUUGGGGUAAAAGAUCACAAGGGAAAGUUACAAACUGGUCAAAUGAGUUUGUGUGCGGCUGUUAAUCGAGCCCUGAGAGAAGGAAUACCUGUGACUGAUGCAAAGUUCAUGGCAAACGCGACCAUGGAGCAGUUUCAGAUGAUAUUUAGAUCGGAUACCGAUGGUAAAAUGACAUUACUGGGUGAGAGAUUAAAGGCAAUCAACGAGGCAGGCAAAGUUUUGUUGGAUAAAUUUUCUGGUUCCUUUUCGUUUUGUGUGAUGCGCGCUGAGAAGGACGUGCAGAGACUGAUCCACAUCAUCACUGAUAACUUUGAAUCGUAUCGUGACAUGUGCCAGUAUGAAGAUAAAACAGUUUCAUUUCUCAAACGUGCCCAACUCUUGGUGGCGGAUGUUUGGAAGUGUCUCGGUGGUAAAGGGCUGGGAGAAUUCAGCAAUAUUCGCAGCAUUUCCAUGCUCGCUGACUACCGUGUCCCCCAGUCUCUAGUUGCAUUUGAUGUCCUACAUUACGAUGACGAGCUGAAAAACCUGUUGAAAUCGAAGAUUCCCAUCAUUCCAGGAGAUUAUGUAGAGAGUGAGAUAAGAGGGAUGAGUAUCUACGCGGUGGAGAAAGUUCUGGAACAAAUAGAAGAAUUGGCGCGUGAUGAUGGAAGGAGGAACAUUGAGGUUAAUGCUGUUGUUGUUGAUUACUUUCUGUGGGGAUGGGCUAGGAAUAAUCGGGUGUUGGUUGAUGUGUUACCGUUUCAUAGGUGUAGAACUAUUUAUUAUUAAGAAAUUGAUGUUGGGUACCCUCACUUCCCGGUUUAGUGUACAAUCUGUACAUCUGUACUGUGCAGAUAUGGUGCAGUGGAAUGAUUUAUUAUUAGGGUAAAAUGUUAUGGAGUUAGUUUUUUAAGCAUAUUUUAAAAGCUUUUUAAUUACUCUUUUAAUGAUAGUUGUAGUUUAAGGCUAUCACUUAUCAGUGUUGUUAUUUCAGUAAGGAUAUCAUGUUUGAAAUUUCAUAUUGUGUAUUUUAAAAUGCGUUUUUUAAUUUAGUGUGGAUAAUUUCACAGUAAAAAUGAAGGGAGAUGUCAGGAGAGUGCUUAAUUAGAAUUCAUCUACAGUACAGUGUUUUAAUAUACAUAUUUCGGAUGCAUAUUAUCAAUUAAAAUUAGAUAUGAGAAUCAAGCGUUACAUUUCAGCCAUGCAAAAUUACACUGACAUUAUUGUCAAACACUUGAA